UGAUUAUAUCUUUAAAUUUCUCAUUGUUGGAGACUCAGGAGUUGGUAAAUCAUGCUUGUUGCUUCGAUUUGCCAAUGAUUGCUUUACGGAUAAUUUCAUUACCACAAUCGGAGUGGAUUUCAAAGUCAGAACUAUCCAGUUUGACGGAAAUGUUAUAAAAUUACACAUAUGGGACACGGCUGGCCAGGAGCGAUUCAGAACAAUCUCUUCGGCAUACUAUCGAGGAGCAAGCGGUGUAUUUAUUGUUUACGAUAUCACUAAUACAGUGAGUACGUUAGAUUUUAAACUAAGUAUAUAUAUUAAUUGGCGUAUGUACUUACUUUUUCGGUUACUGCUGUGCAUUACGUCGAAAAUUACUUAG